AUGAAGCAGAGAGUCUCCUCGUUGGAUUUGAAAAUCCUUAUUGCCGAAUUGAAAAAGUCCAUCCACAACUACAGACUUCAAAAUAUCUACGACCUAGUCGCAAAUAAUAGGUCUUUCUUACUGAAAUUCAGCAUCCCAGAUUCAAAAGUCAAUGUUGUACUAGAAUCUGGCUUCAAGGUAUACAUGACCGAUUUUCAAAGACCUACCCAACCUGAACCCUCAAAUUUCACCUCUAAGUUGAGGAAACACUUAAAGACGAAAAGAGUCACUGAUAUUAAGCAAGUGGGAGAUGAUAGAAUUGUUGUUUUUGAAUUUGGUGAUGGGCUCUACUACCUUGUGUUAGAAUUUUUUAGUGCAGGUAAUGUUAUCCUUUUGGAUGAAAAUCUAAAAAUAAUGGCGAUUUACAGAUUUGUUGAUACCGAUUCUAAUUCAAUCAAAGGCAAUUACGAUGUUGGGUCUAUCUAUAAUAUGUUUGACAAAUCACUGUUUGAGGACUCUUGUGUUGCACUGCAUGAUGAACUAUAUGACGAAGAUACUCUCUUGAAGUGGAUUGAAGAUACCAAUCAAACUGAAAGGGAACCAAAAAAAGUAUUAUCAAUCGAGAAGCUAUGUUUUCAAAAUGCCGCUUAUUUGUCAUCUGACUUGAUUCAUAUUUCUCUUUUGGCAAAUUCUGUUCCUCCGAAAACAAGCUGUUUGAAGCUCCUUGAAGAUGACCAGUUGCUUAAGUUUACUUCUAAAUCAAUGAAAGAUUCUAAGGCAAAAUACGAUCAAUUAAUUGAGACCCCUGUUGGUGAAGUCGAAGGUUACAUAUUGAGUCGUAAAAAUGAACUUUUUGAUACAGAAAAAGACGCAUCCGCUGACAAUCUUGAGUACGUAUAUCAUGAAUUCCAUCCCUACGAACCGUCACAUAAAAUUAAUGAUAAUGUAAAGAUUGAAUGUUUUAAAGGUUAUAAUAAAACGGUUGAUAAAUUCUUUACAGCAAUAGAAAUGUCCAAAGUCUCCUUGGGUCGUCAGCAACAGAAGGCCAACAUUUCAAAGAGACUGCAGUAUGUCAAGGAUGAACACUCCAAGAAACUGCAAGUGUUGGACGAAGUGCAAGCUUUAAAUAAUAAAAAAGGUACACUCAUUACAUAUUAUAAUGAAAAAAUAGAGGAAUGCAAAAGAGCGGUCCAGGAACUGAUUGACCAAAAAAUGGACUGGAAAAAUAUCGAAAAAUAUAUUAAAGUCCAGAAAGAUAGAGGCAAUGAGAUUGCCAAGAUGAUUAAAUCUUUGAACCUUAUAAAAAAUGAGAUUACAAUUUCUCUUGUUGAUAAUGAAGACGAAUAUGACGGUGAUGAAGAUGACAUGGAAGAGUCUGGAUGGAGUACUGAUGAUUCUGACUCUGACUCUGACUCUGAUUCCGAAAGUAAAAGUGAUUCGGUCAAUGGCUCUUCUAAGAUACAGGCAACAAAUGUUGUUGAUGUUGUUAUUGAUAUUACACUUUCUGCUUUUGCUAAUGCUUCUAGGUACUUUGAUGCAAAGAAAACUGCCAGGGAUAAACAAGAAAAAACUGCUAAAAAUGCAGCGCUUGCCAUUAGAAGCAGUGAACAAAAGAUCCAAAAUGACUUGAAGAGAAUGGAAAAAGAGUCAAAGCAGAAUGUAGAAUUCAAGCAAUUACGGCCUAAGUUUUGGUUUGAGAAGUUCUUUUGGUUCAUUUCCAGCGAAGGUUAUCUAUGUGUUGCUGGAAGGGACGAUAAUCAGGUCGAUUCUAUUUACUACAAAUACUUUGACAAUGAAACAGAUUGCCUUGUUUCUAAUGACUUGGAAAAUUGUCUCAAAGUUUUCAUUAAGAAUCCAUAUAAAAACAAAGAUAUUCCUCCUACCACAUAUAUGCAAGCUGGGAUUUUUUCUUUGUCUACCACUAAGGCCUGGGAUAAUAAAAUGGUCACUAGUCCAUGGUAUGUACCUGGAAAGGGAGUUUCUAAAAAAGAUUUUGAUGGUACCAUUCUACCAACAGGUCUACUAAAUGUCAACAAAGAGAGAAACUACUUGCCACCUUGCCAAAUGGUGAUGGGUGCUGGUUUACUCUUCCUGGCUGACAAAGAAACAUUUACCAGAUAUAGGGAAGGUAAAAAACAAAGAGAUGGGGAAUUGGAAUUGAUUUCCGGCUCUAAGAGUAAAGGUUCGGCAUCUAAGAUCCUCGAAUUGAAAACUAUGCUAGCUAAACUUCAAGAUGCUGAAAAAUCUGACACCGGUGAAUCUGUAAACGAGAUAGAGACUGAAAAUGAUGAACAGAAAUCGAGUGAAAAUGAUGAGGUCAUAAUGGCCCCACUCCCUGCUCAGCAGACCCAAACAACAAUAAGAGGCAAAAAAAACAAGCUGAAAAAGAUCAAAGAAAAAUACGGACAUCAAGAUGACGAGGAAAGAAGACUGCGGAUGGCUGUUUUGGGUACAUUAAAACAGGUCGAGGACAAACAAAAAUUUGAAGACAAGAAGUCCAAUGAGGAUCCACGAAUGAGUAUUGCAGCAAAAAAAAGGAGAAAGAGACAGCAGCAAAUUAAUCAAAUAACAAAGUUAAUUGAUGAAUUGGAGAAUAAGGGUGAUGAAACAGAUGUUGGUGAAUCUGAUGAGUACAUGAACCUUGUCAAUGAUGUUGAUAACUACCAUUUAAAUAUUUCGGGUCUUCUAGGUGCGCCUAAGAAGACAGAUGUGGUAUCCGAUUGUAUUCCAGUGUUUGCACCAUGGAGCGCUUUGAAUAAGUACACCUAUAAAGUCAAACUGCAACCUGGAAAUUUGAAGAAAGGCAAGACUGUGAAGGAUAUUGUUGAAACUUUUAAGAGACGUACUGGGGAAUUAAUAAAGGAUGAAAGUGACUGGUACGAUCGUGAUAAUAAGAUCGAACUCAUUAACGAACAAGAGUUCAUGAUGGCAUUGACUGCUUCCAAAUUCAAGAUAGGGUCUAGCGGUAGUAGCAGUGGUAAAAACGAUAGUAGAGGGGGAAAUAAUAGGUCUAAAGGCGGCAAAGCUAAAAGUAAAAAGAAAUAG